AUGCUAGCACGAUCGUCUCAUCCUUUUGAUUGUAACUACAGCAGUGUUGCAGCUAAGAGAUCGAGGUUUGGUCGACAGCUGGGCAAAAAUCAGGAUAAAGCCUUUGAAAAGCAUCUCUCUGAAGGAGCGGUGAAGGUGGACUUACAUCCAUCUUUGCUAGAUGUGGAUGAGAAAAAAAAAGGUGUGAAUAAAAGAAAAGAGAAGGGGCCAAGGACAAAGAGUAAGACUAGAAAAGAGAUUGAUAAAGGUGUUCAGGAUUUCAAAGACCACAAGGAUCGCAGUGACAGCAAGGAUCAUCACAAAGAUCAAAAGAAUCAUUGGGAUAAUAAGAGUCACAUUAGGGGUGAGAACUUUGCUAAAGUCAAAUCAAAACCAGUCAAGCAGAAAAAGAAGAGCAGUGGGAAGAAGGUCAAACUAGACAUUCCGUCGUUUCUCUCUGUUUCCAAUCUUGCCACCAUAUUAAGGGUUCGGGUUCCCGAUCUUUUGGGACAGUUAAAUGAGUUGGGUUUCGAGAACAUGACCAACGAUUACAUUUUGGAUGGAGACACGGCUGCUCUCAUUGCCGAAGAGUAUGGAUUUGAAGUGAAUCAGGAUGAUAACUUGGGAGCGGAUUUAUUUCCCAGCCCUGAUCCUAAGGACAUAUCCAAGUUGGAGCCUAGAUCUCCUGUGGUUACCAUUAUGGGACACGUUGAUCACGGUAAGACUACAAUAUUGGACUACUUGAGAAAAUCGUCAAUAGUCAAGGGAGAGCAAGGAGGUAUUACUCAACAUAUUGGUGCAUUCGUUGUUAAGACGCAAAGUUCCGAAAGAAGUAUCACCUUUUUGGAUACCCCAGGUCAUGCUGCCUUCCUAAAGAUGAGAGAAAGAGGUGCUAAUAUGACAGAUAUUGUGAUCCUAGUUGUUGCUGCUGAGGAUUCAGUGAUGCCACAGACUGUUGAGGCCAUUAAACAUACAAAGAGUGCCGGAGUUCCCAUGAUUGUGGCAGUUAAUAAAUGCGAUAAGGAGGAUGCUAAUCCCGAUAAGGUUGUGGCUGAUCUAUCUAGAUACGGUGUGGACGUGGAAGAUUAUGGAGGAGAAGUUCCUGUGGUUAAAAUUUCAGCCAAAACUGGAUUGGGUAUGAAGGAUCUUGAAGAAGCAAUUGUUACCGUGGCCGAAUUGUUGGAGUUGAAGGCAGAACUUGAUAAUAUACCAGUGGAAGGAUGGAUUUUAGAGUCUCAGAUAAAGAAAGGAUUGGGAAAUUGUGCCACGUUUUUGGUGAAAAAAGGCGAACUAAAGAAAGGUAUGAUUUUAGUUGCCGGUACUACUUGGUGCAAGGUGAGGGUGAUGAAUGAUGAGAAUGGAGAGCCGUUGAAAAUUGCUGGCCCUUCGACACCAGUUGAGAUCUCAGGAUGGAAGGAGGUUCCUGAAGCUGGGGAUUUGACUAUUGAAGCCAAGGAUGAAAGCUUUGCAAAAAAAGUUGUCGGUAAUAGAGAAAGGAGGAAGCAGCAGAUGGCUGAAGCCGAACAAGUCGAUGAGAUGAAUAGUAGAAGAGUGAAGCAGUUGAAGGAUGCGCAUAGAGAUGAGAAGAUCCAAGAGUAUCAGAGAGAUGGAUUCAGUCUUGUAGAGAUAAAAGAGUUAGAUCCAGAUUUAUUUGAUGCCGAAGUAAAUAAGAAGAAGGAAGUUAGUUUCAUUAUCAAGGCUGAUGUUAGUGGAUCUUCUGAGGCUGUUAGGCAAAGUAUUGAAGGAUUGGGUAAUGAAGAGGUUACUGCCCAGGUUCUCUAUGAUGAGGUUGGGGCUCCCACGGAAUCGGAUAUUGAGAGAGCCAAAUCAUCAAAUUCGCAGAUCUUGGUAUUCAAUUUAAAGGUUCCAAAGGAUAUUGCCAGUUCUGCAUCUGCUGCUGGUGUAGAAAUUAAGGAGUUUGGCAUUAUUUAUCAUCUUAUUGAAGACGUGGUGAAUACUUUGACUGAGAGCUUGCCGCCUAAAUUUGAGACUAAAGUGACUAGUAAAGCUACCAUCAAGAAAUUGUUUGAUAUCAAUUUGAAGGGUAAAGAAUCCAUGACUAUUGCUGGAUCCAGAAUCAUUGAUGGUAUAUUCAAGAAGAGUGCCGAAGUGAGACUUCUGAGGAAAGGAGAGGAGAUUUAUAGAGGCAAAGUGAAGCAAUUAAAGGUGGAAAAGGACAGUGUUUCUGAGGUGAAGAAUGGUGCUGAGUGUGGUAUAGCUUUAGAGGGAGAUCCGGAGCUUCAUGAGGGAGAUAUUCUUGAAACAAUUAAGAAGAUUUCGAUUAAGCAGCAUUUGUGA